GGACAGUCUGCAGUGUCUGGUGUGCGGGCGAGGGUCCAGGAGGCGCAGGCCCCGAGCUCGAGGCCGGGCUCCGCUCGGGCGUACCUGGCUGGGAGGGCCAGGCCGUCCGCCGCGUCCCCCAGCGAUGCCAUCCAGCCCCGGUGCCCUCGCGCUGAGCCCUGAGAAAGGCAGGAGCGCCUGGAGGCUGGCGCGGACUGUGGCGGCCGGCGUCGCGGGGAAGCUCCCUGGGCUGUCUGUCCGUCACGCUGGCGUGCCCCUCAGAGCAGGUGCUUGGGGAGCAGAGGGUGGCCGGCCUGCCGGGCGUGGGCCUGCGCCAUGAGCAGGGAGGUGAGUGGGAAACGAGGUUUUUCCAUUGCUAGUCAGUUUGGAAUAUUUCCAUUUUAUAAGUAAAAUAGCCACACAUCGCAGCACCUCAGAAACUGGACGUGAUUCCGGGAGACGUUCGGAGUUCGUGGGCGUGUGUGUGUGCGAGCACAGCUCUCUGGGCCCCUCACGUCGAGCACGGGUCACCUCUGGGCUCCAGGAUGCACAGUGCUGGCCCAGGACGUGUGGCCGUGGUCUGGCUGCAGCCCAACCAGCACACUUAGCCUGGACACUGCCGGGAGUCACCUGCGGGAGGUGAUAUCGCUACUUCUCGUAGGGUUUGGAUGAGAAUUAAACAGAAAUGAUGGUCGAGCCUGACCUUGGCAACUGGCACCUGGCGCGGUGAGCAAAGGGCCCCGUGCAGCUUCCUCUGCUCCGGGGUACCCCCUCCCCAAAGGGGGCCUGGGGGCUGCGCUCCGGCCAAGCUCAGGAAAGCCGUGUGCCCACCGGGGGCCUCGACGCUCUCCUGGCUGUGCCUGCUCCAGAACCUUCUGGGGCCCUUGGUGCCACCAGUCUCAGAACAGGGUGGUGAGUGUGCACGUGAGAUGCGGGGGGUGAUGGGAUGCGCGGGCCUGGAGCUCCUUGCCUCUCUGCGGUCGGGGUCGUGACCUCCGUUGACCCACGAGAGGGCUCUGAGCCAGAAGGUUCCGCAGUGGCAGGGAGACUCCUUCAGGGAAGGCGCCGAGGACCCUCCUGACACGAAGGAGAAGGUUCAUCAAGGCCAGAGGACCCAGGGAUCUGGAAACGGUGCUGCUCGUGUGGUCUCAGACGACCAGCAGACACGGGCAAGGCACCGGUUUUGCAUGUGGAGUUUUUGCUGACGAAGCUUAAACCCUCCCCCGGCCUGGGGGCCCAGCUUCCCGUGCAGCCCAUCACCUGGCGUCCAGACACCGCGGCCCUCUCGCCAGGCCUCGCAGUUGCUUCGGGAUCACUUACCCGGCGACGCCGUGACUUCGUGUGGCUGCACGGCCUGUGGCCACCCCGCCGGGAUCCUGGGAGAGGCUCGACGAAUCCUCUCUGCCUCCAGAGCUGGCAUUUCGGGGGGCCUGCCAUGUUGGGAAGAUGGGGAGCCUCCGGAGGGGCCUCAGGGACAGCCCGGGACUGAGCCUGAGCCUUGGUGGGGGGAGGAGUUUGACAAGAGUGUCCAGAAACUUCUAGCCACGAGGAUCGCUGUGUACCUGAUGACCUUCCUCAUCGUGACCGCGGCCUGGGCGGCACAUACGAGAUUGUUCCAAGUUGUUGGGAAAAUAGACGAUACGCUUGCCCUGCUUAACCUGGCCUGCAUGAUGACCAUCACCUUCCUGCCGUUCACGUUUUCCUUGAUGGUGGCCUUCCCCGAGGUGCCUCUGGGCAUUCUCCUGUUCUGUGUGUGUGUGAUGGCCGUCGGGGCCGUGCAGGCGCUGAUCGUGGUCUACGCCUUCCACUUCCCCCACCUGCUGAGCCCCCAGAUCGAGCGCUCGGCCCACCGGGCCCUCUACCGGCAGCACAUCGUGGGCAUCAUUCUCCGGGGCCCGGCGCUGUGCUUGGCUGCGGCCGGCUUCUCCCUCUUCUUCUACCCAGUGUCGUACCUGCUGAUGGCGACAGUCAUCUUCCUGCCCUACGUCAGCAAGGCCGCCGGCUGGUGCAGAGCCAGGCUUGUGGGCCCCAGGGAGCCCCCGGCUCGCAGCCUGGAGAUCUUCACCUUCGACCUGCACGAGCCGCUCAGCAAGGAGCGGGUGGAGGCCUUCAGCGACGGGGUCUACGCCAUUGUGGCCACGCUGCUCAUCCUGGACAUCUGUGAGGACAACGUCCCGGACUCCAAGGACGUGAAGGAGAAGUUCCACGGCAGCCUAGUGGCAGCGCUGGGUGCAUCCGGGCCGCACUUCCUGGCCUACUUCGGCUCCUUCGCCACGGUGGGCCUGCUCUGGUUCGCCCACCACUCGCUCUUCCUGCACAUCCGCAAGGCCACGCAGCCCAUGGGGCUGCUCAACACGCUCUCGCUGGCCUUCGUGGGCGGCCUGCCCCUGGCCUACCAGCAGACGUCGGCCUUCGCGAGGCGGCCCCACGACGAGCUGGAGAGCGUACGAGUCAGCUGCGCCAUCAUCUUCUUCGCCAGCAUCUUCCAGUUCGCCAUCUGGACCACGGCGCUGCUGCAGGAGGGGGAGACGCUGCAGCCGUCGGCGCGGUUCGGGGGCCGGGAGCACGCGUUCAUGUUCGCCAAGCUCGUGCUGUACCCCUGCGCCAGCCUGCUGGCCUUCGCCUGCUCCUGCGUGCUGAGCAGGUUCAGCACGGCCAUCUUCCACGCCAUGCAGAUCGCCGUGCCCUUCGCCUUCCUCGUGUCGCGGCUGCUGGUGCGCCUGGCGCUGGCCGGCCUGCGGGGCCUGCGGGGCCUGGCCCGGCCGGCGCCGGGGGCCGCGGACGACGCGCAGUCCCCGCUCCUCCCUGCUCCCUGCUAGCGUGGCCCCGGCCCCCGCCUGAGGUCCGAGUGUCCGGCGGGUGGCCCGGCCUCAGGUUUUGUCUUCCUUGUGAAGUUUCAUGCUCUACUUCAGCCCCUCAGAUUGUCUUCCACUGUUGCAGAGAAGAGUCUCGCAGGAGCGUCACUGUGUCCCACGUGCCUGUUGUCUGCCUCGACCAAGUGGAGAUGAGCCGCGGGGGGCCGCAGGCGGCGGGUGGUUCCGUGGCAGCUGGGGCCGCAGCCCCGUGGUGGGUGUGGGUGUGCGACGUGGCCCCGGGUCCUCAACAGGCAGCACGUCCUGCAACUCAGCCCGCGUCCCGCGGGCAGAGGGCCCUGGCAGCUGCUGGGCUGCCCAACCGGCCCCCACAUCCCAGCCCUCCUCCCCCAACACACUGGCCUCAGGCACAGACGCAGGAGACGGCAGCAGGACAGGAUGCCCAGACUAUAUUUGUCCCAGAUAUAAAUUACGGUCACCUUCAGGUGAUAAGUUACACACGAGGGAGGGGUGCAGAGCCCACACAGCCCCUCCGGGCGCACACACUCGCUUACUCACAGAGGACACGUCCACCUGAACCACAAUUUACAAGACAGUUCCUAUCGACCGACGGGGCCCGCAAAGCAAAAGCUAAUGCCGCCCCCGGGGACGCAAACCUGGGGGACACACACCAGCUACUAGAGGCACGUGGCGAGGACGGGCCGCCACCCACGGCUGUUCCGAUGCACGUGUCUGGGCAGUUUUGGCACAAGCUUGGUGGGUACAGGGCUGGGCAGGGCCGUGUCUGAGGUUGAGGCCGAAUGUCAGGGCAAGGCCACCACCCAGGGUGCGAGGGCCCAGCGGCAAGACAGCGCCAAAGGCAAAGAGACCAGACAAUCAGGAGAGGGGCUUGUGGACCCUUCUCUGGGGGUUUGGGGGCUCCCAGGCAGCUGGGGUCGGGCUCUUCAGGGGGCCAAGUCGGGAAUCUGGGCCGGCUAAACUCGGGGGCUCUGUGGUAGGGGCUCUGCGAGUGGCCCGCCAGACAGCCACGUCUGCAUCCUGCGUCGCCAAGUCUCCACGUGGAGAAGCACGGAGACCAUACGAGUCCCGUCUGCCCAGCAGCGGACACGGCACCCGUGUGCUGACUGUCUGCGAGUGGGAGGCCGAGUGCCGCGAUGAUCGUGUGCCGCGUCGACCUUGCUGAUUAAAGCCGCUCCCGCUGCA